AGGGAGGUCUUGCUGACGGCGCUGCUGUCGUUGGUGCUCUGCACUGCCCCGGCCCGACGCUCGCGGCUCCGCGGGCCCAUGGUUAAGGAAGUCAGGAGCGACAGUGUACGUCACUUCCCGGAAGAGCGCACCUCGCCAAUCAGGAUUGAGGAGGGUGCCGCUGGUGCUGACAUUCGGCUGUGAUUGACAUUUCUUUGAUUCUCUGGGACUGCGGUUUCGCGGCAAGACUGACGGCUGCGGCUUAUUGUGGACACGUGGACUGUGUCAGGGAAGCGCGGGUUAUCACUUUUCUACAAGCCUUCCUGUCUGAAGUGAAAAUUUAAGCUGUCAUAAGUUGACUCAACUGUUGACAAAAAUCUUUAAGAGGUGAAGCUGAGCCCAGAACUAUGUAUACUGUUUAUCUUAUCAAAAUGGGUGGAAGUGAAGCAAUCUGAAGGAAAUUCAAGACCACAGAACUUACUGACUGAACCACAUUGCAUUGUUCAUGCCAAGAAUAAGUGUUUGGAGAAAGACCUUGCUAUUCUGCUAAAUCAUGAUGGAGGCGGAAGAACAACAGCCAUGGAAGACAACCUUUUACUCAAAGUUACCUAAAGUGGAACUUCAUGCCCACUUGAAUGGAUCCAUUAGUUCCAAUACCAUAAAGAAAUUAAUAGCCAAGAAGCCAGGUCUUAAAAUCCACUAUCAGAUGACUAUGAUUGACAAGGGAAAGAAAAGAACUUUAGAAGAAUGUUUCCAGAUGUUUCAAAUUAUUCAUCAGCUUACUACUGGCCCUGAAGAUAUUCUAAUGGUCACGAAAGAUGUCAUUAAAGAAUUUGCAGACGAUGGUGUCAAGUACCUGGAACUAAGGAGCACGCCCAGAGAAAAUGCUACAGGAAUGACUAAAAAGACUUAUGUGGAAUCUGUACUUGAGGGUAUAAAACAGUCCAAACAAGAAAACAUAGACAUUGAUGUUAGGUAUUUGAUAUCAGUCGACAGAAGAGGUGGCCCUUCAGUAGCCAAGGAGACUGUUAAACUUGCUGAAGAGUUCUUCCUUUCUACUGAGGAUACAGUUCUUGGCCUUGACCUCAGUGGAGACCCUACUGUAGGACAAGCAAAAGACUUCUUGGAACCUCUUUUAGAAGCUAAAAAAUCAGGUCUGAAGUUGGCAUUGCAUCUUUCAGAGAUUCCAAACCAAAAAAAAGAAACACAAGUGCUCCUGGACCUGCUUCCUGACCGAAUCGGACAUGGCACAUUUCUCAACUCCUUGGAGGGAGGAUCCCUGGAUCUGGUGGACUUUGUGAGGCAACACCAGAUACCGCUCGAACUCUGUUUGACCUCGAACGUCAAAAGUCAGACAGUUCCAUCUUACAACCAGCAUCAUUUUGGAUUCUGGUACAGCAUUGUCCAUCCUGCCGUGAUCUGUACCGAUGAUAAGGGUGUUUUUGCAACACACCUUUCUCAAGAGUACCAGCUGGCAGCUGAAACAUUUCAUUUGACCCAGUCUCAGGUGUGGGAUCUGUCUUAUGAAUCCAUCAGCUACAUCUUUGCUUCUGAGAGCACCAAGUCUGAUCUGAGGAAGAAGUGGAAUCAUCUGAAGCCAAAAGUGUUCCAUUUUUAAGCUGUAAUGAGGUGAACUACUUUCGAGUAUGUAUUACAACCUAGAUCUCCCUGCUGUGUCCCACUUAGUAAGCUGUCCACUGCUUCCUCCGUGGAAGCAUAGCAGCCAAGUGCCGUGGGCUCCAACACUAGCACCUUACUCAUGGCAGAUGCCCAGUAAGUCUCUCUUAAACUGACUGGGAGGCUCUGAGGUCAUCCAUGGCUUUACCUCCAUGCUGCUUACAGGAAGGGACUUGAAAGUUGCUGCUCACUGAACUCCCCAUUCCAGCAGUGAUUUUGACUUAACAGUCCUUCAUUAGUGAUCAUGAGACUUCAAGAAAAUCAAAGUAGGUUCUCAUCAGGAAAAGUUUUGGAAUUACUAGUCUAAAUAAGGUGCAGAGAGAAGGAAAAACAGAUUGUCGCCAAAACCUUUAA